CAUAACCUGCAAACAUAAAUAGAGGUUUUUCGUAAAAUUUAUAAAAAUUUACUUUAUUUGUAUGAAAAGUAGCUUUUUAAUUAAUAAAAGGAACUUUUUAAGUGAGGGUUGUUUAUUAGGUUUCCCUGAAUGUUAUGCUGCUGGCUCAAUGAAGUAAAAAAGUGUAAUAAAAGGUGAAGAAAGUGUAGACCCCUUAUAACCUUCCUUCAGGGAUAUUUGAACCAAGUCAUGAAAGUUAAAGUAAUCAGUCGCUCUGCAGACCAUUUUAUGCGAGAAACGAAAAAUGAUGUACAUAAAGUUUUUAGGAACUUUGACCCAUCAUUGCACCCAUUUGAAGCAGCCAGGGAAUACACAAGGGCAUUAAAUGCAGUAAAACUGGAAAAAGUGUUUGCCAAACCAUUUCUCGGUAGCCUGGAUGGGCAUAGAGACAGUAUUUCUUGCAUAGCAAAACACCCCAAGAGAUUGUCAACAAUAAUAAGUGGAGCAUUCGAUGGUGAAGUCAGAAUAUGGAACCUACCACAAAGAGAGUGUCUUAGAGAGUUUGUUGCUCACAAUGGAAUUGUUAGGGGGAUUGUUUAUACCCCAAAAGGUGAGAAUUUUAUUACAGUUGGGGACGAUAAGACUAUUAAGACCUGGAAAGCUUUACAACCGCAAUUUGGUGAGGACGAGGAGCCAUUUAAUACAGUAUUGAGUAAAACAAUGGUGGCCGGAAUAAGUCAUCAUAAAAAAUCACCAAUAUUUGCCACCGCUGGCGAAAUAGUUCAACUGUGGGAAGAGACGAGAAAUGAACCUUUAAGGACCUAUCAAUGGGGUGUGGAUAGUUUGCAUGAUAUAGCUUUUAAUAUGGUAGAACCGAAUGUUUUUGGGGCCUGCGCCAGUGACCGGAGUAUUAUUUUAUAUGAUAUGAGAGACAAUGGACCAUUGAGGAAGGUUAUUAUGAAGCUUAGACCUAAUAAAAUCUCUUGGAAUCCUAUGGAAGCCUUUACUUUCACUUGUGCUAAUGAGGAUUAUAACCUCUACACAUUUGAUACCAGAAACUUAAAAAAACCUGCAAAUAUCCACAUGGAUCACGUAGGGGCGGUAACAUUCGUAGAUUACGCCCCUACAGGACGAGAAUUUGUAUCAGGAAGCUAUGAUAAAACAAUAAGAAUAUUCGAAAGUGGUCAUGGACAUUCGAGAGAAAUCUAUCACACUAAAAGAAUGCAAAGGCUUACUUGCGUCCAUUGGACUUUGGAUAAUAAAUUUAUUAUCAGUGGCUCUGAUGAAAUGAACAUAAGGAUAUGGAAAGCUAGAGCGGCUGAGAAACUUGGACCGUUAAGACCGAGAGAAAGAACCGCUCUUCAUUAUGCAGAGGCCUUAAAAGAGAAAUUCGCCAGCCAUCCUCAGAUUAAAAGAAUAAGUCGACACCGGCACGUACCCAAACAUAUUUACAACGCACAAAAGGAAGUAAGGACCAUUAAAGAGAAGCAGAAACGUAAAGAAGGUAAUAGGAGGGCACAUUCAAAGAAGGGUGAAGUCCCAUAUGUGCCAGAGAGAGAAAAACAUGUUAUUAAGGAGGUUCAAUGAUUUUGUAAGUAAUAAAUUUAAUAAGAUUUAAAA